AUGGGGUUAUGCAAAAGUUUUGUUUUCUUCCUACUCCUAUACCUAUUGCAGGGAUCAAAUGCUUCCUUUGUCAGGCUGAAUGACAAUGGUUAUGAAGAUAUUAUUAUUGCUAUAGAUCCUAGUGUGCCAGAAGAUGAGAAAAUAAUCCAAGAAAUACAGGAAAUGGUGACAACAGCAUCUACUUAUCUGUUUGAAGCCACAGAGAAAAGAUUUUUUUUCAAAAAUGUGUCUAUAUUAAUUCCUGAGAAUUGGAAGGCAAGUCCUCAGUACAGAAAGCCAAAGCAUGAAAGCUACACACAUGCUGAUGUUAUAGUUGCACCGCCCACCAUCCCAGGCAGAGAUGACCCAUACACCAGACAGUUCAAAGGAUGUGGAGAGAAAGCAGAAUACAUUCACUUCACCCCUGACUUUGUAUUGGGAAAAAAACAAAAUGAGUAUGGACCAUCAGGUAAACUGUUUGUUCAUGAGUGGGCCCACCUCCGCUGGGGAGUCUUUGAUGAGUACAAUGAUGACCAGCGUUUCUAUAUUGCUAGGUCAAAGAAAAUUGAGGCAACAAGAUGUUCCACAGGUAUCUCUGGGGAAAAUAGAGUUAACUUCUGUCAAGAAGGCAGCUGUGUACUUAGAAGAUGCAGAAUUGAUUCUACCACAAAAUUGUAUGAAAAAGACUGUCAAUUCUUCCCUGAUAAAGAUCAAACAGAAAAAACAUCCAUUAUGUUUAUGCAAAGUAUCGACUCUGUGGCUGAAUUUUGUGAUGAAAAAAACCAUAACCAUGAUGCUCCAAGUCUACAAAACAUGAAAUGUGAUCACAGAAGUACAUGGGAAGUAAUCAGCAACUCUGAGGAUUUUAAAAUGGCCACCUCCAUGGAGGAAUCACCCCCUCCACCUGUCUUUUCACUGCUGAGGUCCAGUGAAAGAAUUGUGUGUUUAGUUCUUGAUAUAUCUGGAAGCAUGCUUAACAGUAAUCGCCUCAGUCGAAUGAAUCAAGCAGCAAAAUACUUUCUGCUGCAAAUUGUUGAAAAUGGAUCCUGGGUAGGGAUGGUUCACUUUAAUUAUGCUGCCACUGUUUUCAGUGAGCUAAUCCAAAUAAAGAGUAACACUGAAAGAAACAAGCUUGUGGAAAGUUUACCCAAACAAGCUGGUGGAGGUACUUCCAUCUGCUCUGGAAUUGAGUCUGCAUUUAAGGUGAUUGAGAAGCAAAAUCCCCAAAUAGAUGGGUCUGAAAUAGUACUGCUGACUGACGGAGAGGACAACAGUGCAAAGGACUGCAUUGAUACUGUGACACAAAGUGGAGCCAUCAUUCAUUUUAUUGCAUUAGGAGAAGCUGCUGAUCAAGCAGUAAUACAGAUGAGUAAUAUAACAGGAGGAAAACACCUUUUUGUUUCAGAUGUAGCUGAGAACAAUGGCCUCAUUGAUGCUUUCGGGACACUUACAUCCGAAAAUGCUAACCCCACACAGAAAUCACUUCAGCUUGAAAGUAAAGGAUCAUCACUGACCAACAAUACCUGGAUGAAUGACACUGUAACAAUUGACAGCACAGUGGGAAAAGACACAUUCUUUCUAGUCACGUGGAAGGAACAGCCACCCAGUAUAUCUCUCUGGGAUCCCAGUGGAGCACCAAUCCAUAAUUUCAUCUUAGACAGUAAUUCCAAAAUGGCUUAUGUUACUAUUCCAGGAACUGCACAGGUGGGCAAUUGGGCUUAUAGCCUUCAAUCCAAUGCAAACCAAGAAAUACUAACUAUUACAGUAACUUCUUGGGCAGCAAAUUCUUCUGUGUCUCCAAUCACAGUGAAUGCUAAAAUGAAUAAGGAUGCCAACAGCUUCCCCAAUCCCAUGAUCAUUUAUGCAGAAGUGCUACAAGGGUACAGUCCCAUUCUUGGAGCCACUGUGACUGCAAUCAUUGAAUCACAGAGUGGACACACAGAAGUUUUGAAACUAUUGGAUAAUGGUGCAGGUGCUGAUUCUUUCAAGAAUGAUGGAGUCUAUUCCAGAUAUUUUACUGCUUAUACAGAAAACGGUAGAUACAGCUUAAAAGUGAGGGCUCAUGGAGGAACAAACUCUGCCAAGAGAAGCUUACAGUAUCCAGCAAACAGAGCUGCGUUCAUACCAGGCUGGGUAGUAAAUGGAGAGGUUCAAGCAAAUCCACCCAGACCUGAAAUCAAUGAGGAUGAUCAGACAUUUUUGGAGAAUUUCAGCAGAACAGCAUUAGGAGAUGCAUUUGUGAUGUCACAAGUUCCACCUGGUCCCUUGCCUGAUCUGUAUCCUCCAAGUCAAAUCAUAGACCUUUAUGCCACAUUUGAUGAGGAUAAGAUCAAUCUAACAUGGACAGCUCCAGGAGAUGAUUUUGAUAAUGGAACAGUUAAAGAGUAUAUCAUAAGAAUAAGUGGAAAUAUGCUUGAUCUGAGAGACAAUUUUGACAAUGCUCUUCAAGUUGACACUUCUAACCUGUUACCAAGUGAAGCCAACUCCGAGGAGACCUUUGCAUUUAAGCCAGGAAAUAUCUCAGAGGAAAAUGCCACAUACAUAUUUAUUGCCAUUCAAAGUAUAGACAAAAGCAACUUGACAUCAAAAUUAUCCAACAUUGCACAAGUAGCUUUGUUUGUCCCUGAGGGAGAUCCUGGUCCUGACCCUGGUCCUGGUAAUGCCAAGUCUGGAGUUAAUAUUACCACUCUGGUGGUGUCAGUGGUGGCAUCAGUGGUACUUGUGUGUCUUAUUGUAGGUGCCACUGCUUACCUCUUAAAAAGAAGAUCUUCGAAAAGAGCUUCAACAACGUUUUAA